UUGAAGGAGAAAUCGAGCGCGCUUUGCCCUUUUUUGCUCUUUCUCGGACGCCGUACUGUGAGGGUUUCUCGAGAUGGCUGUUGGGAUGGGUAGCUAACUUAGAACAAGCGCGGAAAAUCCUCCCGGAGAAGUUGGUGCUGCUUUGGGGCGGAGGGAAGAGACGCGCUUUAAAAGUGUUGUGGGGUGUGUGUAUGUGCGUGUGUGCUUUAUUGACCGGAGGGAUGAGUAUGGCUGGUUAAAGAGGACCCCAUCCCGGGGUCGCCGGCCAAUCGGGAAGGUGCAGCCAUGCAGGAAGGCAUCCGCUUUGCUUCAGCAGGAGAUGAUGAUGUUAAAAUAUGGGAUUCCACAUCUAUAACUGUAGUGGAGCAGUUCAGUCCACAUACUGCCUCAUAUCCAGUUAGCUCUGUGUGCUGGGGCAGCAAUAAUAACUUUUUGGUCACUGCAUCUGCUCUUGGUGAUAAAAUAGUGAUUUCCAAUUGUAAAGGUAAACCUGUCCCACUCUUUGAACUAGCAGAAGGGGCAAAACAAACAUGUGUAAGUCUGAGUUCCAAUUCAGUGUAUAUUGCAAGUGGAGGCAUUGAUAGCUCUGUUAAUAUCUGGGAUUUAAAGUACCGAAAGCCUUAUCGAUCUCUUAAGGAUCACAGAGAUGAAGUAACAUGCGUAACGUUUAAUUGGAAUGAUUGCUACAUUGCUUCAGGAUCCAUGAGUGGUGAAAUUAUUCUGCAUAGUCUUACUACAAAUUUAUCCAGCACUCCAUUUGGACAUGGCAGCACUCAGCCCAUCCGGCACUUGAGAUAUUCCCCCUUUAAAAAGGCUUUGUUGGGCAGUGUCUCUGACAGUGGGACUGUCACUCUGUGGGAUGUAAACAGUCAAAGUCUGUAUCAUAAUUUUGAAAAUGCUCAUAAAGCUCCCACCUAUGAAAUCUGUUUUUCUCCAAUCAGCGAGCUGCUACUUGUAACUGUAGGUCUGGAUAAAAGAAUCAUUCUGUAUGACACCGCAAGUAAAAAGCAGUUGAGGACUUUGGUAGCAGAAUCUCCCCUGACUGCAGUAGAAUUCAUGCCUGAAGGGACUACCCUUGCAGUUGGAUCUUCUCGUGGAAAGAUUUACCAUUAUGAUCUAAGAAAACUGACAGCACCUGUGAAGUCAGUCAGUGCUCACAAAACCUCUGUGAAAUGUAUAGCACUGCAGUAUUGUAGCAGUUUUUCAAAGUCCAGUCUUAAAAUACCUUCAAAUAAGCAGGUGAAUAAAAGAUCUGAUAUGAAAAUGGCAAGUAACACUGCAGGAAAUCAGAAUGCUGGUAUCAUCAAAACUCUUACUUCUAACUUACCUGCUACAUUCUUGCCCCAGUCUACAUCAACAGUGGAGAGUAAAGGAACAGAUGCUAUUCAGGAUAAAUCAGGAGUUCCUCACAACAGCAGUUUGGAUGUAGUUCCUUCCAAAGAAAUUGAUCAUGGGAAUACUUCUAAUCCAACUAAUUAUGAAGAUACGGGGAAAAAUAGUUUAGGUGACUUGUUCUCUCCACUUCGAGAUGAUGUUGCAGCUUGUAAAACAAGUGAGGAUGCUCCAGGAAAGGGUGACGGUUUGGACUUUCAGUCUUACCUUUCAAAUUUAGAUUUUCUUUCUCAAUUCAACACGUUUUCUUCAAGAAAAAAACCAGCAGGAUCUUCCUCACAACUAGUACAUUCUAGUCCACUUAAUGUAUUUGUUGGUUCACCUAUUAAAGAGGAGGAUGAGACUCCAAAUCUGGAUCUUGAUGCCAGGAAAGCAAAUCAUGGAAGACAGGAAUUGAGAGAACACAUGAAACAGUUGAGCUCCUCAAGUUCUGAUUCUGGAAGUCUAAAUACCCCCCCAUUGGUCAAUACAGUCAACAGUCCUGAUUCCAGAGAGAGAAUUAGUAAGAGCCUUCAGGGACAACAGACAUAUGAAUCACCCAUGAACGGUACUACCUCGGCAAGUCCAAAGAUAGCUUCUACAGUAACUGCAGGAGUUGCAAGUUCACUGUCUGAAAAAAUAGUUGAUACUAUUGGAAGUGGCAGAUUGAAUGCACCUUUAUCAUCAGUCCAGAUUCAUUUUAUUCAGAACAUGAUACAAGAAACUCUGGAUGAUUUCAGGGAAGCUUGUCAUCGUGACAUUGUGAAUUUGCAAGUUGAGAUGAUCAAGCAGUUUCAUACACAGCUGAAUGAAAUGCAUUCCUUACUUGAAAGAUACUCUGUGAAUGAAAGCUUAGUAGCUGAAAUCGAGAGAUUACGCGAAGAAAAUAAAAGACUGCAGACCCACUUCUGACAAGUCUCUCUUCAUGCCAGGAAAAUUAGUUGAACUCUAUCAUUGUGCUGAGGAAUCAUGGUGUCAUCUGGCUAACACUGAAUUAAUGUAAAUUCAGUAUUUUUCCUUCCAGCAUUCAGGAACUAUUAAAAAAACAUGGUAGAAAAGGUGCUAGGUAACAGAUUAAUACAGAAAAAAUAUGCACUAAUGUUUUGUAUCAGUGUUUUUAUGAUAAACUUGAAAUACAUUGGUUGUCUAAAAGUAUCUAACAGCAGAUAUCGGUAACCGGAAUUGUAGCUGCAUACAAAGUGCCUUUUUUGAAAAAUUAAGGGUCAACUAAACAGAAAAUGUAUUUUCUAUAUGAAUUUAUCUAUAAGAAUUUUGCUACCUUCUACUUUUCCUGAAAUUUAUCAUACAUUUCAGAAUUUUUCCUGUUUUUAUGGAGAAAUCUUUAUAAGACAGUCAUAUGAAAUGCACAUUUAUGUCUGGCUUGAAGGGAGGAUGCUCUUUUGCCACUGACUUUUUCCUAUGCUACUUUCUAAGUGUAGAAUUGUUACAAUUGAGUUAUGUAUUAGUCUGCUUAUUUACAAAAUUUAAUGGCACACUGAUUAGCCUAGAGUAAAUAAAUAGAAUUUGGACCUCAGUAUCUUUUGAGUAAAUAUAUUUGGCUAAUACUAUUACCAUAUUAAUAGAUUUCAGUAUGAUUCUCAAGCAAAAGCCUGGUUGUCUUCCAUGGGGGUCUUCACUGAAGCCAAACUAGAAAACAAAAGCAUUACAGAUUUUCUACAAAUCUGUCUGAAAGGAUGCAUUUACUAUCUCUGUCCCUUUAUGAUUGGUUUAUGUCUCUCAUCCAAGCUGAAUACCAAAGUGAUGAACUUUAUCUUACCGUAUUUUCUUUUUUGACUGCAUCUUGUAAGUAGUGGACAUAAACCAUUUUUGCUGUCAAUGUUGUUGACUUUAUCAGGUUUUUCUGAACUGUUUUUUCCCAUUAUGAAUUGGUUUCCCUUGAGGCAGAUAUCCUCAUACAGCUUGUUCAGAUAAUAGGCAAAGCUUUGUAAAAAGUGAAGAGUGGUUGGUCUAUGCUUGGAUUACAUUUUGAAUUAUUUAUGACACUAGGGUUUGUGUGGAUCUCUCCUUCAAGCUGUCUGCAGAAACAUAUUUUCAGAAAUUGUUAUGAAUCUAACCUAAGGAACAGCCUUUCCAAUCAGUGAAGUUGUUUCUCCUCAGGAAGGAAUCUAGUUGGAGACCUCUAAUCCUUUCUAAACUUAGCUUCCUAAGUGGCAUGACAGUGUGGAAAAGACUUUAGGCUUGGAUCAUGUUGUUAGCUUUUAGUCUCUUCUAGCCAUUGGGAUAAGCACAAAAAUAUCAAGCACUGGUCUAACUUGUGUAUAAAAAUGCAUUGUAAAGGACAGUACGGAGCUGGCAACUUGAUGUCGUGCCACAACCAUCAGUGGGUAACAUAAGUAGGAUUGCGCUGCCAUUUUCAUUGCAGCAUAACAAGCUAUUGAUAAUUACAUUUAUAAACAAACAUUAAUGGUCUGACAUUCUGUUUCUAAAAGGAAAUGCUUCAUGUUUUGCCUUGGUAUUCUGAAUGGAAAAAAAUGUUUUAGUGCUGCUUUUGGUAUUGUCUUUGAAUAAACAGUGGCCACAAAAUGCUCACAGGUGUUAGAUAAUUAAACAAUCAUGAAAUACAAAUUAUGCUCUGGAAA